AUGCAUGAGAGGAACAAUAUUUUGUACUUUGGUGAUGGUGAUGGUGAUGGUGAUGAUGAUGAUGAUGACGAUGACGAUGAUGGUGAUGGUGAUGGUGGUGAUGGUGAUGGUGGUGACGGUGAUGGUAAUGAUGGUGAUGGUGGUGGCGGUGGUG